AUGUGCAGUCCAAGUUGGACCAGAGUAGGUCCUGAGAGGAGGAAGCCCGUCACUUGGCAUGCCUUCGUCGCCAGGGGCACCUAUGCUACCGCCUUUCAGAGGGGCGACUACAGGAAGCACUUUGCCGACGACGUCCUGAUUGUGGAGAAGCAUGGGCGGAUCUGCCAGCACAUCAAAUCGAAGAGGAACCUCGUUCUGCUCGUGGUGAGCGCGAGAAUGAACUUCCACAACUUUGCCGGUCCGGCCGUCGUUCGGAACCUUGCCAAGGAGAAUCCCGAGCUCGUCACCCAAGUCGUGGUCGUCUUGACGCGUCCAGACCAAGCCUUGUCCGUCCGCGAGAGCAAGGACCUGCUGAGCGCAAGACUCAAGUUGGCCGAUCUCUAUAUCAAUCGUUGGCAUGUGCACGAAGACUCACAGCCAAGAACAGCGAGCUUGCGAACCCCUGGAGCAGAGGGACAAGCUGUAGAAAGACCUUUUCGCCAACAACCCAGAGUGGCAGAACGUGGAGCACCGCCAAUAGGGCAUUGGCGCCCUCAAAGCAACCCUUCGAGAUGUCUUCGAAGACACAUGCAAAACGCCCUGCACGAUCUCAUCUCAGAGGACGAGGCCCGAAUCGGGUAG